UGCUCAUGGUCACGGUCAGUUGAAAUGAAAUUAGUAAUUAUUCAUCCGAAGAAAAGAGGCAGCUUGGCCAACACUUGCAUCCCACAGUCAGGUCUGCGGCUGUGAGCUUUACAACGACCCCAUUGUAGGUUACAAAUAGGCUGCUGAUCAGCACUUCACUUCACUAAAACUACGGACCUCCUGCUCCACAAACAGUAGGCUAAGUUAAUUCGAUUUUUUAUAUAAUUCUUAGACAGAAAUAUUAAUUUCUGUCUGUUAAGAGUCUUUUUUCACUAGAGCUGAAGUCUGCGGAGGCCCACUGAAGCUCGUAAAGGAACAAGUCCAAGUUUUGUGGUGGAAUAUUAACUUUAAUUCGCCUUCAAGAGGGUAGCCUACACAUGAUCGAAGUUUUACAGUCGUAGCUACCCUCAGAGAGCAGUGCAGAGUGGGACGGACUUGGAGAUCAGUCAGGAGCUCCAGAUGCGCAAGUAAACAUCUAAAAUCUCACCAGCAAAGAAAACAACAUGACUAAGAAACUAUGUGGGACCAAUUACCCAGCCAGCAUCUGCUUCAUUGUGGUGAACGAGUUCUGCGAACGCUUCUCCUACUAUGGCAUGAAAGCGGUGCUCACGCUCUACUUCCUCACCUACCUGCACUGGGACAAGGACCUCUCCACCGCGGUAUACCACGCCUUCAGCGGCCUCUGCUACUUCACACCCAUACUGGGAGCUCUCAUUGCUGACUCAUGGCUCGGAAAAUUCAAGACCAUCAUCUACCUAUCCAUUGUCUACGUGAUCGGGCAUGUGGUCAAGUCGGUUGGAGCCAUUCCCACUGUGGGAAACAACAGCAUGCACAUUGCUCUGUCCAUGUUAGGUCUGAUACUCAUAGCCUUCGGCACCGGAGGAAUCAAACCCUGCGUGGCGGCAUUUGGCGGAGACCAGUUUGACGAGGAGCAUGGCAGCGAGAGGCAGAAAUUCUUCUCCAUUUUCUACAUGUCAAUCAAUGCUGGAAGCCUCUUGUCGACUGUGAUUACACCCAUACUGAGAGGGGAUGUGCAGUGUUUUGGUGGUGACUGCUACGCUCUGGCCUUCGGGGUUCCUGCACUUCUGAUGAUUGUGGCUUUAGUUGUGUUCACUGCUGGCAGCGUGCUGUACAAGAGGAAUCCUCCCCAGGGAAACAUCCUGUUGGAAGUCUGCAAUUGCAUUGGGUUUGCCAUCAAAAACCGCUGGAGAAGAUGGAAGUAUGACCCUCAGAGGAAACACUGGUUGGACUGGGCUGAGGAGAAUUACUCAAAGCGUUUGAUCGAGGAGAUUAAGAUGGUGCUGCGUGUUUUGGUGCUCUACAUCCCGCUGCCAAUGUUCUGGGCUCUGUUUGAUCAGCAGGGUUCCCGCUGGACGCUUCAAGCCACAAGGAUGAACAUGGCUUUUGGAGAUAUCUUCGUUAUUAAGCCUGACCAAAUGCAGAUGUUGAAUGCCAUGCUGAUUCUUUUCUUUGUGCCCAUCUUUGACCUCAUCAUAUAUCCGCUCGUUGGACUUUGCAGAAUCAACAUCACGCCUCUGAGGAAAAUGGCUACAGGGAUGAUUUUUGCAGCGCUGGCCUUUGGAGCGGCCACACUGGUAGAGGUUAACGUUGUGAAAACGGUGGUGGAUCCUGCACCUGCUGGGAGUUGUCUUCUGCAGGUCUUUAACCUGGCAAAAGAAAAUGUGAGUCUGAAGAUCCCCGGCAGCGACCUGUUUCCAGAGCCAAUCCAAUACCUUCAGAACCCUCCAAAAUAUGAGACACUUCCACUGGAGACAUCCAGCAAGAAGCUGAAGAUUCAAGUCACCUUCAAUGGAAAAACCUCAGAGUGUAACCACACGUUUGACGAACAGAAGGCCUACAGCCUCAUCUUGUACCCAGACCCUACUACUGGAAUCCAGUGCAAACAUGUGGAUGACCACAUCAUGAAAAAUGAAGAUGGGAAUCCUCUCCUGAGGUUCCUCAACACACUGCCAGAGGCAAUAAACCUAACUGUUGGACAAAUGGUUUUCCAGUUGCCCUCGAAUUACAGCAUGUCUCCUAACAAGACUGUGGAUCGGGGAGAAUACCCACAUGUCAGCUGCAGCUUACAGUCAGACCAGUGCUCUGAUCUUGGCCUGGGCCUGCUGGACUUUGGAGCUUCCUACACUGUCAUACUCAUGGAGGAAUCGGGUAAGAUUGUGGCUCACAAGAUGGAGGAUGUAAGCGCCAACGACGUGCACAUUGCCUGGCAGAUUCCCCAGUACGUCCUCAUAACUAUUGGAGAGGUCAUGUUCUCCAUCACAGGCCUGGAGUUCUCCUACUCACAGGCUCCAGCCAACAUGAAGUCUGUCCUGCAGGCCGGCUGGCUGCUCACUGUUGCAUUUGGGAACGUGAUAGUGCUGAUUGUGGCGGAGGGGGCGGGACUGGAGCAGUGGAAAGAGUUCCUGCUGUUUGCCGUCCUACUGUUGGCUGUCUGCAUCAUCUUCUCCAUCAUGGCUUACUUCUACACCUACGUUGACCCUGAUCAGCUGGACAAGCUUUACCUGGAGGAUUCAGGGAAGGAGGGAAAUGACGAUGAUGAUGAUGAUGAUGAUGAUGACAACAGGAAGAAAGAAACUGAUGACCUACAUUUGAACAAAAUGGGGAAGGGCACCAGAUUGUAACCAUGCCACAUUAAAUACACCAUCUGCUUAGCUGUAGCUGAUUUAGCUAAAAAAAUAUUGACGAGUUAUCUGAAGGUACCCUUUUUUUAAUUCAGUUCCUGUUUUAUUUUUUCGUUUCAAGGUACUUUUUUGUGAUAAUGAAUAACUAAGAUGUGAGUAUUGGACAGUUCUUGUGGUUAGAAGUUCAGUAUUUGUUUGUCACAUCCUUUAUUCUGUGUUGUCUGUUUAUGCUGUGUCUGUUAUUUGUCCUUUAUUAUGUGAAACCUUUCUUAAGACUCCAGUCAAUCAACAAUGUUUAACCAGAGAACAGGAAAGUAUUUACUGGCUGAGAAUGAAGACUCAAAAUAGUGUUUCAAAGAAGCAAAGUACUGUGUGAUUUCCCAUACGUGAUUAUUACAAAUGAACGUUAAAUAUAAUAUGCUGUAUAUUUUCUAUGAA